CGUUAAUGUGAACGCAACUUUCGUAAAUUGUUUGUCGCUGCCUCGGUGACCGCUAACGCAGUAACGGAACGGCUCUAUGAAAAUAAUUUCUAAUUGAAAUUUCAUAAUGGCAGAGAGUAGAGGGAACAGUCGAGCAAGUGGGACACGACCAUCAUCAGCAAGGAGUAGACCAUCUACUGGAGGUGCAGUUGGAGGUCGAAGGUUAGCAGCUGGAACCAAAGCUGGUGGUACAGGAUCCAGACCAUCAUCCAGUGCAGGUGUGAACAAGGAUCUUGUCAGCCGUGAAGAAGAGUAUAUGCGUCUGAAUGCUGCCCUCGAAGCCAAGACCGCAUCACUCAUACAGGAGGCUGAGACGGUCAUGAGAGAGCAAGAGGACAUCUUGACCCGUUCUUUCAAUGGGCUUGAUCUGAGUGGCGAGGAGGAACGGCAAGCCAUAUUUAAUACGGAACCAGUCGUCUCUGAUGACAUAUCAAAGCCUUCCCUAAUUCAAUCCACAAACCUCGCAUCAGUGAAGAAACCUCCCUCUAGAGGCAGACCUGGGUCAGCCGCAGGUGCGGGCAGACCCUCAUCGAGGACUAAGUCAAGGACCAAAUCUCAGACUUCGAUGUCCUCUAACUUAGCUGAUGACGUUGCUAUUCCUGAUGCUGUCCAAGCAGAUUACUCCUUAGCGGACACAUUCUCAGCGUUUGAUAAACAGUAUGCUGAAGGGAACCCUCCAGCUGAUGGAGAUUAUGAUGAUGUCUUACCUCAGGCUGCAGAGGGCAUGGGAUCAGAGGCUACCAUUCGUUUCCUGAAGGCCAAGCUCAGGGUCAUGCAAGAAGAACUGGACAGAUUAGCUCAUGAAUGUAAUCAAAAGGAUGAAUCAUUGGGCAAGCUUGAGGUACGGGUGAAGGAAGCAGAAGAGGAGAGAUCCAGGCUACAGAGAACCAAUUCAUCUCAUCAAACCCAGAUCGAUAAAUACAAGAGAUUGGCAGAGGACACAAAGAGGAAGAGUGAUGGGUUGGAGAAUCAGCUCACUGGACUCAGGAAGGAGUUAGAUGAACACAAGAGAAACCAGAAGAAAUCUGCUACAAGUCAGAGUGCCACUGAAGUCAGAUUGAAUCGAGCAAUGGAGGAGGUUGAGAAAUACAAGUCAGAUUUACAACGGAUGAAGACAUCUUCACGGGAAUCAUCUGAGGGGGAGAGGAGAAGAGUGGAGCAGCUGGUUGCAGAAAACAAGCGUUUAGAGAAACAGAAGAAUGAACUCAUGUCAGGUUUCAAGAAGCAGCUUAAACUCAUUGAUGUACUGAAGAGACAGAAGAUGCAUAUUGAAGCUGCCAAAAUGCUUGCAUUCACAGAAGAUGAGUUUGUGAAAGCCUUAGAGUGGGGUAACUGAUGAGGAAUGGGGUUGAGCUACAUCCUAUGAAGCAGAGAUGAUAAUUUAUGGAAGUAAAGCUGAUAUAUAGCUUCCGCUUUUGCAGUUAAUGCUAUGCUGGAAAUGUAAUGAAACAGAGAGGUUUUUGACUGCUGAGAAAUAAGUACACCAUCUUAAAAGAAAGAUUCUCAAUUAGCUAUUCUUUUAUGUCAUGAACAUCCAAGGAAUGUUUUAAGAGUUAAUGGUUUGCCUUCGCAAAGUAAAUAGUUUGUUCUCAUGUUGUCAUCCAGAGCUGCUCUUACAGGUAUACCUUUCUUCUCUGAAAUAGGCAUCAAUUGUAAGCCAUAGCUGCUAAACAUUCCUAUUUUGGAGGGAUUAUUCCUAUUUUUAGCCUUCAAGCUAAUAUUUUAAACCCUACAUUCCUCUCUUUUCCAGAAAUAUUCUGUGUGAAAAGUAUACAAAGUACUGUUGAAAAGACAUGGCAGUAAUGCAAAGAUCAUCAUUGUGUAUUUGUUUGUGUUUGUCAGUAGAUUGUAUGUAGAGCUAUACAUUAACUUCUAUAUCUGACUGUUAGCAUAGCACAUAUGAUGCCGAUAAGAGCGGGUUUUAUAGUGUGUGAAAACGACUUUAUAUUAUGUGUGGUAAGUGAUCUUAUCUCAUUUCCCAGAAACAUUUGUUAUCUGGGAAGUACUAAAGCCCAGCAGAGCUGGCCUGGGAUGUUACCCAUUAUUCAUGUACAUUGAGUGAAAUGAAACCAUUUUCCCAAAAGAUUCAAGGUGAUGUUGUGAUUUCCUUUCAUUUUGAUAAUCAAAUUAGUUUUCCAAAAUAUUUUUAACUUAGAAUUAUUGAGGUGAUCUGAGUGAUCUGAGAUAUUAGUGAAAACACAUUUGUAAAACAUUAUGUUUCAAUGUGCAUCAGAAAGAAUAUAAAAGUUAAGGAAGAAACAUUAAAAUCUAAACUGUCAUUAGAUUCAGACUGUUAGCAUACCAUUUGAUGAAGAUAAGAGCAGAUUAUAUAACAUGUGGAAAUGACUUUAUAUUAUGUGUGCUUACAGGGAUCUUAUGUCAUUUCCCAGAAACAUUUGUUAUCUGAUUAUGUUCUGUUAACCUGUGAAAAAACUAAUGCCAGAGCUGGCCUGGGAUGCAGCCAUUAUUCAUGUACACUGAAUGAAAUGAAACCAUUUCCCAAAAGAUUCAAGGUAAUGUUGUUGAUUCGAACAGCCCUGUCAUUUCCUUUCAUUUUGAUGAUCAAAUUAGUUUUCCAAAAUAUUUUUAACUUAGAAUUGUUUAGGUGAUCUGAGUGAUCUGAGAUGUGAAAACACAUUUGUAAAACAUUAUGUUUUAAUGUGCAUCAGAAAGAAUAUAAAAGUUAAGGAAGAAACAUUAAAUCUAAACUGUCAUUAGAUUCAGACUGUUAGCAUACCAUUUGACGAAGAUAAGAGCAGAUUAUAUAACAUGUGGAAAUUACAUUAUAUUAUGUGUGCUUACAGGGAUCUUAUGUCAUUUCCCAGAAACAUUUGUUAUCUGAUUAUGUUCUGUUAACCUGUGAAAAAACUAAUGCCAGAGCUGGCCUGGGAUGCAGCCAUUAUUCAUGUACACUGAAUGAAAUGAAACCAUUUCCCAAAAGAUUCAAGGUAAUGUUGUUGAUUCGAACAGACCUGCCAUUCCCUUUCAUUUUGAUAAUCAAAUUAGUUUUCUAAAAAGUUUUUAAACUUAGAAUUAAUAAAGCGAUAUCCAAGUGAUCUGAAAUAUAAGUGAAAAUUCUUGUACUACCUGUUCUCUUCAAUUAAUUGACAUAUUCUGAUUAUAAAAGCAUUACAUGAAUUUCAUUAGUUUGCAGUGGUAUUUGGUAAAUAUUUUUCAAAUACUGGUUUCCUAGCGAAAUAUAUAAUUGUAAGAAGUAUUUCAAAAAUUGCUACACUGGUUAUCGCCAGGCAUUGUUUUAUCUAAUAUUAAUUGUUUUGGUUUCUUAAUUUUAAAAUUAGUGGCCUCUAGUGGGCAUGUUUUAUCUGAUUGUCAAACGUUCAAACCACCGCCAGAUAAGGUACCGUUCUGAGGUGACCUUUGGUCAUCGCGUUAGGACGAUACAGGUUUAUCUGAUAAAAUCUCUUUCAGGAGCUAAUUGCCUGUCCAGACUAUAAGAGUUCUCUUUGAAUCUUGUAUAAAGAGACAUCAUAUAAAGACUCAUUGUAUAGUGAAAGGGGAGUACAGCUUGUAUAAAGAAACAUAGUAAAAACAGGUUUUGAAGGGGUCAAAUGACAUGACAGCUAGCCAAUCAUCAAUGUCUGCCCACAAUAAGCCCCGCCCAGUUAAAUGAUUUUUGUAUGAUUUGGUGUUCAGACUAGAAAAGUGACCCUGAUUCUUUAUCAAGUCUUCAUUUUGAAACGAUGAUCAAAAAUGCGUUUUUGCUUCACAAAGUUAUGUUAGAUGACAUUCAGACUAGAAAAAGUACCUUGCUUACUGUAUAGCUAUACAAAUCUUGUAUAGCGAUGAAUUCUGGUAGUCUGAAUGAGGGUUAGAGAGCUUGGAUGAUGAGAAGAACCCUGGAGCAUGUUUUGUUUGCUUCCUUAAAAUUAGUUCAGAUAAAUUGGUUCAGACAAAAUCAACUGAACUUUAUCAGUGCGCAAAUAGUAUGCUUCAUCUGUUACCUUAGAUGUAGAUUUGUACACCAUGGUAUGUUUAGAAGACUGUUGCUUUGUAGCAAGGUGGUAACUGACAUUUGUACCGACAAAGUAGUCAAUAAAACUUUGUUUUAUUCAUCA